GCGGCUUAAUCAGCGUUCGUUCUAGGAAUCCGUCCACUAAACUCGUUGGUAAGCCUGAUCAAGUGUUUCAAGAUGGCUGCACCAAGGGAGGAAGUGUGACUUUUUAGUUUCCACGCGGUAUAUGUUAAAAUUCGAUCAUGCAGACUGAAAUACAUAUGAGCGAAUGGCAAAGGAAUUACUUUAUUGUUACCUCUGAUACUUCUACACCAGGACAAAAAGCAGAUGCAUAUCGUUCACAGAUUUUACAUAUUCAGCAUGCAUGGGCAAACUCAGAUAUUUCCCAGGAUUGUGCUGCUAACCUUUUCAAAAGAUAUGUAGAAAAAUAUUCUGAAAUUAUUGAUUCUGAUAAUGUAGAAAGAGGCUUGAAUAACUAUGCUAAAGAUAUUUUGACUAUGGUAAAGUAUCAGCAGAAUGAAAGUGACAAGUGGCAGUCUGCUUUGACAACAGAUAAUGUGAUGGAAUUGAAAUGUGUUCAAGCAAUGAUGCAGGCUGGAAAAAUGUUUGAGAUACCUCUGAAGGCACAAAUAGAUAUAUCCAUUGAUAAACAAGUCACUGAGUCUGUUUCUUCAAAUGUUCCCAAUCUUACUCUAUCAAGUGGUCAUGGAGAAUCUAUGUCUGGAGCUGGUUUGUCAAAUUAUGUAACUCAAGCAACAGAGAUUUGUGAGAAGCCAUCAACUUCAAAGUGUUAUCGAAAUGAUAUAUUCUCAUCGCCUAAAGCAGGAGUUGCAUGUUCUGUUUUGCCUGUGACUAUGAAUGAUGUGUCUUCUAUAGCCCUGACUGGAAAUAAUGAAUCAGCAUUUAAUAGUUCUCUGAGAUCCACAAGUAAUACUUAUUCAGGGCAAGAUUUAUCUUCUGCUCAGUCUGCUUUCUCUGCAAGAAUGGGUAAUCUGGGAAAAAGGAAAACAUUUGCUGCGUCCAGUGAAGAUAACAGUAAUAUAUCUUCUAGUUCCACUCAUAAGUUAGUUCCUAGAGAAGGGUCAAACAUUCCAUGGAAUGAAAAGAAAAAUAAUGAAAACAAAGCAUCUGGUUUCAAAACUGCAAAAGAGCAGCUGUGGGUUGAUCAGCAAAAGAAAUUCCAAAAUCAGCCCCAGCACAUCCCAUUGCCAUCUUAUGGGGGUACAAAGAAAUCUUUGGGAGCUGGAAGAUCCCGUGGUCCAUUUGGAAAAUUUGUUCCUCCACUGCCCAAACAAGAUGGAAAUGGGAACACAGGAAUGCCAUGUAAAUCAUAUGGGACUGGAUCUACAGAGCUGGCUUAUCCAACAGAUGAAAGAUUAAAGAAUAUAGAACCUAAAAUGAUAGAACUUAUAAUGCAUGAAAUCAUGGACCAUGGGCCUCCAGUAAACUGGGAUGACAUAGCUGGAGUUGAGUUUGCAAAAGCAACUAUCAAGGAAAUAGUAGUAUGGCCUAUGCUGAGACCUGACAUUUUCACUGGAUUACGAGGGCCUCCAAAAGGAAUUCUUCUGUUUGGUCCUCCUGGAACAGGGAAGACUCUUAUUGGCAAAUGCAUUGCCUGCCAGUCUGGGGCUACAUUUUUCAGUAUCAGUGCAUCCUCACUGACUUCCAAGUGGGUUGGUGAAGGAGAAAAGAUGGUCCGUGCAUUGUUUACAGUGGCACGCUUCCAGCAGCCAGCAGUAAUUUUCAUUGAUGAAAUUGAUUCUCUCUUAUCCCAGCGUGGAGAUGGAGAACAUGAAUCUUCCAGAAGAAUAAAAACUGAAUUCUUGGUCCAGUUAGAUGGAGCAGCUACUUCUUCUGAAGAUCGCAUAUUAGUUGUAGGUGCAACCAACCGACCGCAAGAAAUUGAUGAGGCUGCCCGAAGGAGACUGGUGAAGAGGCUCUACAUUCCACUUCCUGAGACUUCUGCCAGAAAGCAGAUUGUGUCUCGUCUAAUGUCAAAGGAACAUUGCUCCCUCACGGAAGAAGAAAUUGAUCUCAUUGUUAAGAAAUCAGAUGGUUUUUCUGGGGCUGAUAUGACCCAGCUUUGCCGAGAGGCUUCUCUGGGUCCUAUCCGCAGCCUUCAGGCCCUUGACAUUACAACUAUUAGACCUGAACAAGUACGAUCUAUUGCUUUUCAGGAUUUUGAAAGUGCUUUUAAAACUGUUCGACCCAGUGUGUCUUCUGCAGAUCUAGAAUUAUACGAAACUUGGAAUCAAAUGUUUGGGAGUGGAAGAUGAGAAGAAUUAAUUUGUGUGCAUAUUCAGUUCUGAAAUAUUAACAAUGAUCUAAUAAAUUUGAGAAAACUAAUAUCUUUUCCUAGAGAAUUGUUUUGCAUGAAAAUCUUUAUUUUUGCUAGUAGAAAAGUAGAAUUCUAUAAAAAUUCCCCAUAUUGCUCUUUUAUGCUUUGCUAUAUUUUUAUAUGCACCUAACAUUAAAUAAAUGUUAAUAAGAUGCUGUUGUGUCUGCGCCCCCUGAACCAGGCCCCCUGCCAGAAAGUGGCUUGGAAAGUGAGGAGGAAGGGCCAUCAGUACGUACCACUGGAGCACCGGCUUCCUUGGCUCAGCUCCAGGAGCCAGAGGCAGGCCAGGUGGAGGAGAUAAUGAGGCCUCCGUCCCCUGACUCUUCCCCCCCCAGGCCACGCCUCCAGACCUGGCUGAUGGCAAUCAGGCCUGGCUGGACUCUAGGUUUCGUAGGCAGGAGAGGCGGGAACAACAGAAGCAGGGGUGGGGCAGGCCUAGGAAGUGCUGAGUCAUGGAGCCACACCCCACAGGAUUAAAAGCAGCAAGGGCUGCUAUACCACUUUGUGGCAAGCAAAUCAACUGCUUAGAGGGAGAAUUAGAGCUUAAAUCCUGUUUGUUCCUGGUUUCCUGGCUGACUCAUCAGCAUCAAGUGAGAUAACAGAGACACUUGGCAGACGCUCGCUAGUUUGCUGCCAGAGCUGAUCGUUGCCGGCUAAUUAAGUCAUCCUCGUGUCUCCCGGACUGCGGAGGGGGACAGAACAGAUGCAUUAUUAACUUUAAUGCAUCCUCUCCCACUCUUUCAUCAAAGGAAUACAGGAAUUCUUUGUAAAAUGUAGCUUAAAAGGUAAAGGUUCCUCUCACACAGACUGUGCUAGUCGUUCCCGACUCUAGGGAGUGGUGUUUAUCUCUGUAUCAAAGUUCAAGAGCCAGCGCUGUCCAAAAACAUCUCUAUGAUCAUGUGGCCAGCAUGACUAAACGCCAAAGGUGCAUGGAGCACUGUUACCUUCCCACCAUAGGUGGUCCCUAUUUUUCUACUUGCAUUUUUUACGUGCUUUUGAACAGCUAGGUUGGCAGAGCUGGGACAAGUAAUGGGAGCACACCCCAUUAUGCGGCACUAGGAAUUCAAACCACUGAACUGCCAACAUUUUGAUUGACAAGCUCAGUGUCUUAGCUACUGAGCCACCGCAUCCCUUUAAAAAAUUUAGCUUAUGUACAGGCAUAAAGUUAUGCACAAUUUUCAAUGCUAAAUUAUUGGGGUGAGAAGUGGAAGUGCUUAAAGUGAAUGUAAAUUUAAUAGGUGGAUGUAGGUAUAUUGGAUAUGUUCACUGCCUUGAGUUAUUUGUAAAAAUAAUAUAGGUGGAAUACAAAUAAAUAAAAAUAAAUAAAACUUACUUCCAGAAA